UGUUCCAUGUUGAGGAGAGCUGUUCUUGGGCACUUGAGAAAUCCUGCUUAUUAACAGACUUCAUUAAUGCUUCAUGACUGUGCUGUCAUGAACAAAAAUGAUUGCAGUACUGCCUUUCCAAAGUGGUGGAUGCUCUUUGUCCUGCUCCAAAUCCAUCACAGUUGACUGCUGCAGAGAGGAGCCUGUAGCUGUGGGGAGGCUUAUCAGCAGCGGUGCCAGGCGGUAACUGUUCUGUUGCAAUCACAUUGAUUUUUAGAGCCUGGGUGUGGAGUAGUCUCUGCAUGGCCCAGUUUGGAGCAGACUGAUAAGGCUCCUUGUUCCUUAGCAACCACAGUCUGCAUAGCCAGAAACCUGCCCCUCUGCAGCUGGAGGGAAAACUCUGAAUGCCUCGAAUUUGUAUCUUGAACCUAGGAUCUGUGUCUUUCCUGGGCAUGGAGGUGCCAUAUGUGCUUCUCUUAACUAGACUUGUAGCCGAAGUUGCCAGCAAAUCUACUGAAAGUUCGGUUUCAGAAACUGAAUGCUGUGUGGAUAUGUUGGAUUCCAACAGUUCCUGUCCAGUAUCCAACCAGUGCAGUCCAGGUUGUUACAGACAAUGGAAUGAGGAUGGUAGUAGCAGCUGCAUUAAAUGCAAAAAUGAAACCCUUCCUGUUUCAUCUGUUUACAAUCUGACUGAAUGCAGAAAUAUUGGGAUCAGAGGAAUGAAUUUCCAAAUGAAUAUAAGCACCGUGACUCCUUUCAUCCAGAACAUAGGGGGCCCAGAAGUGGCAGCCUCUCUCAUCUUAGGGACAUUUUUCAUCAGUGUAUUCCUGAUUCUCUCUGUUGCUUCUUUCUUCUACCUCAAACGUGCCAAUAAACUUCCUAACGUUUUCUACAGAAGAAAUAAAGCAUCUGUUCUCCAGCCUAGUGAAACAGCAUCCAUGAUACCUCCCCCAUCUUCUUCAGUUCGGAAGCCACGAUAUGUCAGACGGGAGCGGUCACUAGUGACAUCUGCAUCUGCUGCUAUGAUCUCUUCUUCCGAAACCAGGGUCAGCAAUGUUUAGCCUUCCUUCUUGACUGAGGACUUGAUAAGUGUACACAGUGUGAAAGAAGCUCUUUCUGAAUCCACUGAAGUGCCAGGAAAACAUCGCAAGCAGCUGACCUAAAUGGAAGCCAAAUUACUGUGUCAAAAGGGAUUGUGCCAAAUGUUAACAGAGAAAUGAACUAAUGCAAAGACACUGAUGACAGGCUACAUCCAGUUCAGUGAACUGCUUUGGUGAUCUUGAAAUGCACUAUCCCAGCUCUGUGGUUUCAUUUGUCUCCUACAGAGGCUGUGUUUGAAACCUUUAUAAAGAAUCUGCCUUUCUUUGUUACACUUCCAGUUUUGGCAAGUUGUUCUUCUUCCUGUGUUGUGAUGUGUUCUGUGUCCCCAGAGCUCAAUGUCUUGGUGCUGCAGGCUAACAGAAAAUACUGGAAUCACUCAAGGAUGAGGACUUGUUUGAAGGACCCACUUGUACAUGCUGACACUAAGUGCCACUGCUAUAAUGUUCUAGGACACUAUAACAACACAUUCAGUAUCCUUUUGAAGCAAAAAAUGCCUCCUGAAGCAUUCUCUUCAGCCUUUGACAUAGCUGACCCUGGUUUUUAACUGUGAAUAUAGACACACUGUCCAGAUACUCUCGUUCUCGGUGCUUUUGAAGGCCAUGGUCAGUAUGGGGGUCCAAUCCCACGUGUGGGAAUUUGUUGGGAAGCUUUUCCAUCUGGCCUCAGCUGAGUCCUUGGAUAAAAAGCCAUUUGCUAUGGCUUUGUAACUGAUAGGCUGCUAUGUGUGUGCUGCCAAGACUGUCUCUGCUAGCUUCCUUCCCUUAACACAGCACUUGAAGGGAAACCCAGAUUCCUGCAUGGAAGCUGUGCAUCCUUUAGACACGUCAGUGAGCGUUGAGAUGAACUGGAGAGGUCAGGUGAAUUUCUCCCAAUGCAAUAAGGAGUUUCUUUGGUCAAGCCCUUCACUAACAUGCCUGAUGUGCAGGCCAGCACCUUAAGACAGAGUUCAACAAGUAUUUCCUUGUUGGAAGUGCCAGCUAAAUAACUCCUCCUUUCAUGCUUGUCCUUGCCCAUCCUAUGCCAGUGGUGUGGCUGAGGAGUCACCUCAGCAGGAAAUUAAAGUAGUAUUUUUUCGGUUAGACUAUCUUUGACCAACUUUUCCUGAUGUGGUUGACUCUGCUGCCAUGUGGACACCUGUAUCAGUGCAAUGGGCACACUGGUAUGGGUAUAGGAGUGGGUGACAGGGGAACUGAGUGAAAAACCUGAGCUUGCUAAAUCGGUCCGAGUGUCACUGUCACCAUAUGUGAAAUUCUAACUAUGCAGCUUGUGCAUUCCCACCUACCUGUGUUGCUGUUGCCCGUUUUGGUUUAGCUGGCACUCCCUUGUGGGGCUGUGCUCCUAAAAUAAAUCACUUGGAAGCUCUUCAUCAGCAUCCAUUGGCAUGAACAUAAAGUGGAACAGUCAGUUCUUGUUUUCAGGAAAAUGUGAACAGAACUGUCUUGAGCUGACAUGACAUCCAUAUGGAGAGUCCAAACCUUGUGAUCCAGAUUCCCUUUCCUCAGUGGCUAAAAGAUGAGAACUGGAAUGGGAGGAGAUAUAUUUAUCUUAUUGAAGAGACCUGGGUUUAUGUAAGGUUCGGUGUGAUUGUACUGACUUUUAUCUCUCCCCUCACAAAGUAAUGAGAUCUCUUGUAGCAUCCGAACAAGCUAGGGCAAAGAGUUGCGAUAACGAACAAACCAUGAAGAGGCCCCCAUGCCAAAAACAAAGCCUGAAUUGCUGUAUGAAGAAACUUAAGAUUGUCUUUCCCAAUGAUAAGUACAGUUUUUGUUCUACUUGACAAAACUGAAGGCAGCAGACAAUGCCAUUUUGAGGCCCUUUCAGUCUGAAAUGUGUUUUUAGUUCCUAUCUUCCAAGUUCAGGAAGUGGCAGUUUUGUUUCUGUCAUUUUGAUGUCUUUUAUCUCUGUGCUGCUGCCAUUUUCCACAGGUAGAAAUGAUGUCUGGAGGUCAUAGGUUUUUCCUGAACUUAGUUGCUGAAUAUUUCCUUAACCACUAAGGAAAAAGGAGUAACUAUGCAAAUAAUACCAAGAAACUACACCUUUGAAAGCAGGGACUUUCUGCUUGCCAGUGUGUCAAUGAUAGUGCAUUCUUGUGUCGCUUAGUUGCUAAUAUAUUCUUUCUACACAUAAAUUAUUGAAGGAUUAUUCAUGUCAUUGUACUGUCUGAACUCUUAUCCUCAAGUGCAUAUUGUAACUGAGUUUAAUGCUCGAACUCCUGUGCAGCCAAGUCUCAAUGAUAACAUCUCUCUUCCCCUUCCAUGCUCUUGUCCCAGCCAACAAACUCUUUUAAAUGGAACAUUUCUACUAUUUUCCUUGUGUUUCAGGAACUGUUCAGCUUUUGUUAUUGUUUGACACAGUAGACUCUCGGUCUAAACAGUUUCUCAUCCGUUUGCACUGUCAGAUAUAUAAUGUGGUGGUUUGGUUUCCAUCUCCCUCCUAAAUAAUAAUCCCUACCUAUAUAUUUUAAGAAAUUGGCUUUAAUGACCCCUGAUAUUUAAUGUAUUUGUAUAUUUUUAAAUUGUGCCAAAAUAAACAUAUUUGACCUUUUUUAUUUUAA